AACGGCUAUAGGACCACCCUCCCGAAGACGGAGCUAGAAUACAAAGCCCUACAGGGGUCCCCUAUCUCCUUUAUUAUCUUUAUACUUUAUUUCUCCCCUAGCCUAAAGCUUAAUAACCCUAACACCUGCUUUAGGUAUAUAAACGACAUUAGUAUUAUAGUAGUAGGGACUAAUACUAAAGAAACUGCCUAG